UAGCUAAUGUUGUUAUUCUAUUCCAGGAAGAGAGGACGGGGAUUGCGUUUAACAUCGAGCAACUGCGUCAAUAACAGUUUAGACGAAUAACUUUGUUUUUCCUCUACUCUUCAGCAUGGCAAAUGGCCUGUGCUGAGUGACCGAUGACUCUCUUCCUGGACGGGACAUCAGUAGGCAGUGCCAUGGACACGUCAAACUUUGCACACGUCAUCUUCCAGAACGUGGGGAAGAGCUACCUGCCCCACGCCGCUCUAGAGUGUCACUACACUCUCACCCAGUUCAUCAAACCACACCAGAAGGACUGGGUUGGCAUAUUCAAGGUUGGAUGGAGCACAGCGAGGGACUAUUACACAUUCUUGUGGUGUCCUGUUCCUGAGGACCACACUGAGGGCACUGCCAUCCACAGAGCCGUGGUGUUUCAAGGAUACUACGUGCCCAACGAUGAUGGGGAGUUCUACCAGUUCUGCUAUGUGACCCACAAGGGGGAGAUCCGAGGGGCCAGCACGCCCUUCCUGUUCCGGGCUCAGAGCCCCUCAGAGGACGAGCUGCUGACUGUGGAGGAUGAGUGCAACUCGGACAUCCUGGUGGUGACCACCAGGACCGGAUACCUGGAGCAAAAGAUGGAGGAGGCCCACAGAGAGAAGGAGGAGCUGGUUCAGACCAUGAGCCUCCUGCAGAAUGAGAAGGUGCAGCUGGAGGAGGAGAAGGGGAGACUGCAUAAAGAGUGUGAGCAGGAGAAAGAGAAGUUUGCCCAACUGAGUCGAGAGACCCAGGAGGUGCAGGUGUCGUGCCAGGCCCUGCAGGAGGAGAGAGAGGAGGUGAAAAGGAGGCUGGAGGAAGCCACAGCCAGGGUCCUGCAGUUGGAGGAUGACCUGAUAAGAGUCACCCAGAAGGGCCUGCAGAAAGAGACAGAGCUGGACAGCCUGAAGGACCGAGUGAAGAAGCUGACUCUGGAGAAGGACGGCCUGGAGUCACACCAGAAGGAUGAGAAGGAUGAGAAGGAGCUCUACAAGAUCCACCUGAAGAAGCGUGAGCUGGAGAACACUAAGCUGAGUGCAGAGCUGCAGAUGCUGAAGGCUGUGGAUGUAAACAAGGAGAACACCAUCGCUCAGUUCAAAGAGGAGGUGGGACGCCUCCGCUCCUUCCUCACUGAGAAGGAGAAACAACACCAGGAGGUCCUGGCCCAGGCCUCCCCCUUGAGUGAGCUGAAGGCCAUGAAGGAACAGCUUCGUCAGAAGGAAGAGCAGCUUCAGGCCAAACAGCAGCAGGCCUCCAUGUUGUCUGCUGAGCUGAGGGACGCGUCCAGCGCCCGCGACCGCACCAUGGCUGACCUGUACCGCAUGAGGCUGGAGACAGACGCCCUGCAGCAGGGGAAGCAGGAGGCCCUGGCCCAGUGUAGCCGUCUGGAGGGCCUGGUGAAACAGUUGAAGGAUGACGCCCAGCAGGAGGCGCAGGCUAAGUCUGAGGUGUGCAGGGUGGAGGAUGAGGCAGGGGCUGACCCAGCCACCAUGGCUGAGCUGCAGAGAGAGGUGGAGGAUGAGGCUGACCCAGCCACCGUGGCUGAGCUGCAGAGAGAGGUGGAGGACCUGAAGCUCCGGCUGCACAUGGCUGCAGAACACUACAAAGAGAAGUACAAGGAGUGUCAGAGGCUGCAGAGACAGGUGGUCAAGCUCUCUGAACAACCUGGGGAACUGAGGAAGAACCCAGCAGCUGAGACCAUGGCCGUCCCUCUGUCUGUCAGUCCAGACAUCUCUGUUCCAGGGAGUCCAGGUUCUGCUGACCCCAUGCUGGAGGCCAUCAUCCAGGAGAAACUCAAAGGUUUCAGCAGAGAGGCAUCCGACAGGAGCGACAAGUACAGGAAAUGCAAACAGAUGCUGAGUGAGGAGAAGGAGCGUAGCUGCAUGUUUGCUGAUGAGCUGGCCAAGAUGGAGGUGAAGCUGAAGGAGCAGCUGAAGACCAACGGCAGCCUGAAGCUGCAGCUGGCAGCCGAGGAGGACCGCUACAAGGUACAUUGUAGAGCAGUACUACAGACAGGUCUGAGAUCAGCCGAGGAGGACCGCUACAAGAGUCAGGUGGCUGAGAAGGGGCGUGCACUGAAGGAACUGAAGGACACUCUGUCUGCUCUGAUGAAGGACAAGGAGAGACUUGAGGAGGAUCUCCAGACGAGUGCUGGUGCUGGUAGGAAGACGGAGGCUGUAGUGUCAGAGGAGAUGAGAAUUCAGUCUGUGUUCCUGCAGUAUCCCCUGCCCUACCCCCAGGAUGCCCCCACUCCACUGCUGGUCCCCCAGAGCCCCACACAGCUGCACUUUGGGAACCCCUACUCCACCUCAGACGCAAGAGACGGAGCGGACGGGGAGUUCUCUGAUGACCUGCUGCCCCGCCUUCCUCCUGUGGGCCCCCCCUCCUGGGAUAGUAACGUGGUCUGCAUCCAGCCAGCACGCAACCUCAGCCGGCCCGACGGCCUGGAGGACCCAGAGGAGCAGCAGAACAACAACAACAAUGGCAAUGCCAAUGAACAGCCUGCAGCAACUACUGAACCCCACAGCCCAUUCUUAAAUGAUGGACAGACUCCCCUUGGCUUCAAGCCCAGUGUGAACGUCCACAUGCGCUGUCCACUGUGCGAGUUGAUCUUCCCGCCCAACUACGACCAGAGUAAGUUUGCGGAGCAUGUAGAGAGCCACUGGAAGGUGUGCCCCAUGUGCAGCGAGCAGUUCCCCCUCGACUGUGACCAGAAGGUCUUUGAGAACCACGUGCUCACCCACUUUGACUCCGCCAACGUGCUCAACUUUGACUAAAAACCUCAUCCCCGCUACAACCUUCAUUUUCUGUCAGUCGCCACUGAAAUGAAACUGCCUUGCUCUUUUCCCCUGCCACAUGUAACAGGUGUGACGAUCUCAUUCUGAUUCACUUUUAGGAACGGUGACGUUUUGAUGAGCGUCUUUUAUUAACUAGGGAAACGCUCUUCUUAUUCGGCAGUGUGAUUGGUGCUCUGAUUUGAGGUAUAAUUCAGACCAGGGCUGCAUAUAUCUGUGUGAAUCAGUCUUUAAUAAUCGCUUCUUUAACAUGAAGUGUCCCAUUUUAUUUGUUAUUCCUCUGAUUGUAUUAGUGAGAUGUUAUGGCUGUGCUCAUCUCUGACCACGUGAUCAGUCCCAGACACUACUAGACUAUGUGAAGUCAGGGACUGACCACGUGAUCAAUCCCAGACACUACUAGACUAAGUGAAGUCGGGGACUGACCGUGAUCAGUCCCAGACACUACUAGACUACGUGAAGUCAGGGACUGACCACGUGAUCAGUACCAGACACUACUAGACUACGCGAAGUCAGGGACUGACCACGUGAUCAGUCCCAGACACUACUAGACUACGCGAAGUCAGGGACUGACCACGUGAUCAGUCCCAGACACUACUAGACUACGUGAAGUCAGGGACUGACCACGUGAUCAGUCCCAGACACUACUAGACUAUGUGAAGUCAGGGAAAGUAAGCUCCAUCAAACAUGCAUUUCAACUGUUCCAACCCAAAUGCUUUCCCCUGAGCUUCAUAGUCAAAUUCAGGUAUUCAUGAUGUUUAGAAAGCAGCCACCUCGGUGCACUAUAUGCAGACAGACGGGACAAAUCAUUUGCUUCUAAACCUUAUAUUAUCUUUAAAUCAUCUAUUGUAGAAUAAUCUUUUAAGAGCCAACGGCGUCAUAAGCGUUUUCAGUAUGUGUAUGUCUGGUUAGAAAGAGCUGUUAUAUUUUACUGUCAGUUGAUUCUCAUGAUUUAGUCCACUGGUUUGGUUGUCUGAAUAAAGAAGUCCUGUUUCACCUUUCGCUACUGAUUAACAUGCAUGUCAGGAUUCUGUUAUUUCACGAUUAUAGAAAACCUUUGAUUUCUUUGAGUCCCAUGUAAUGAAAUCUUAACUAAUAAAGUCUGUUUGGAACAAUA